UGUGCCACGAAACAAUCAAAACAUGUAAUAUUGUAAAAGCACAUAAGUUAUGUGGUAAUAGAACCUGUGCUUAUGGGUUGGGUGCCUGUUGGGUGUGGCUGUUGUACUUUAUAGAGCAAGGAAAUUGCACAUAAUUUCGUGAAAUAUAAAAUUAAAAUUAAACGAAGUGUUCUCCAAAUAGAAAAUUAGUUAUUAUUCUUUGUCAAGAUAUUGUUUUUUUUUUCUAAACAUACUGAUCCCUAAAUUAUAUUUUGUUUUGUAAUAUUUCUAAAAUGACAGUUAACUCUGAUUCUUGGAGAUCCAAAACAUUUAGGCAAUGUGUUGUUAACAAAAUAGAAGAAGCAAUUCGUCAGUCUGGAAUGAACAUAUCAAGAAACAGUAUCGAAAUGGAGAAUCAUGUAUUUCAGAAAGCGAAAAAUAAAGAAGAGUAUCUUGGAUUUGCUGCAAGGCUUAUUCUACAUGUUCGUGAAAUGAGUUACAAGAUAGAAAACAUCCAAGACUUGCAAAAGUUGCAUCUCUGAAAGUGCUUUUUGGGGAAGAAUUAAAGGAACCUAAAUUAAUGUGAAAUUUUAUAUUGCAAGUUAUUCUGUAUUUUUAUUAAAGUAAAAUAAAUAUUUGAUACAUGUU